GUAGUAGUAGGUGCGCACCCUACGCGGCUACCAGGUGAGUGGGGCAGAGGCCAACCCCCGACACCCGACGCGAAACGCGAAAAACCACUUGUGCGUGUGUCGAUCCUGGCUGUCGCGUCGUCUCCCGUCGCUCCGAUAGUUUAUCCCGAUCCUCAUUGUCAUUACGCCGCGCGACUCGAUCCUUACGAGAGAGCUAACACCUUCUCCGUUUCUCUUCGCCGUAUAUACCUUGUCCCUCUCUCUCUUUCUCCUCUCUCUCUCUCUCAGUCUCUUUCUAUUUCCGUCUUUCUCGCCGGGUCGCCCGGAGAACGGUCUCGCAGUGUCCCGCCCGAGGGCGACAUUCCAGAUCGAUCAAUUAACCGUGCGUUCAAUCCGAUCUGAGCGAUUUUUCGCGGACCGCUGAAAUCGAAGAUCCGCCGCCGAGAGUUUACCGCCAACUUCUCCGACGGGAAAGGGGGAGCGAAUCUCGCUCUUCAAUCGAGAUUCCCUGACUUUUUCCCCCCUUUUUUUUCGCGCGCGAAAUCCGCGCUGGCACGAAAAUAGAAACUGUCAUUCGAUAAAUCGAUCCCGCCGAGACUGUGGAGACUGUGGAUGUCAUUGCUAUAGUAUUGUCGCUCUCCCGGUGUGCGUGUGUACGCGUGUGAAGGUACCAUCUACGGUGAGCUGCAGCAGACAUCAUGAGUGCUUCCGGCGCGAUUCCUCUGAUUCUAGCGACGAAGGAGCAGAUCGUCGAAGGCGAUGGAGGCGGCGCAGGCGGAGAUGGCGAUCCUAUUGUCAGCAGCACCAAUUCCGAGAAGAAGUCGGGAUAUGAGACCAACCUGUAUCUCUAUAGUGAGGAGAUGGAGGACCGGCCGCGGAUCUCGACGUUGCUCAACAGCUUGGCCAACUAUAGCAACACCAUCCCUGCCCCGACCGAUCCGGACAAACCAGCUCCGCCUACGGGGGGUGGGGCGCGGAUGGGUACCCUCAUAGGUGUCUACUUGCCGUGUAUCCAGAACAUCUUUGGCGUGAUCCUCUUUAUCCGGCUGACAUGGGUAGUCGGCACGGCCGGCGCUAUUCAGGGUUUCUUCAUCGUGCUUUGCUGCUGUUGCGUUACGAUGCUGACGGCGAUCAGUAUGAGUGCCAUCGCCACCAACGGCGUGGUGCCGGCCGGUGGUUCCUACUUUAUGAUCUCGAGAAGCUUAGGCCCGGAAUUCGGCGGCGCGGUGGGUAUGCUGUUUUACACCGGUACCACCUUGGCCGCCGCGAUGUACAUCAUCGGCGCCGUCGAGAUCGUUCUCACUUACAUGGCGCCAGGACUCAGCAUAUUCGGCGACUUCACGAAAGAUGCCAACAUUAUGUACAACAACUUUCGUGUAUAUGGCACCAUCUUGCUGAUUAUAAUGGGCACGAUUGUCUUUGUGGGCGUCAAGUUCGUUAACAAGUUCGCCACCGUCGCACUGGCCUGCGUCAUUUUAUCCAUCAUCGCUGUUUACGUGGGGCUCUUCGUAAACGUUAACGGCAACGAGUCUCUGAAAUUGUGCUUGCUCGGCAGAAGGCUAUUAAAGGACAUCGACAUUACCGAGUGCAAUAAAAAAUACGGCGGUGCUUUGCAUAAUGUUUACUGCAACAAAACGAGAUGCGAUCCGUAUUAUCUCGAGAACAAUAUUACUAUCGUGAACGGUAUCCGCGGCUUAGCGAGCGGCGUGUUCCUAGAGAAUAUAUGGGACAAUUACCAAGAGGAGGGUCAAUUAAUCGCUUACGGACACGAUCCGAAAGACGUCGAUGUCCUGUCGGGAUCGAGCUAUAACCAGGUCCAAGUGGAUCUCACCACGACCUUCACUAUUCUGAUCGGUAUAUUCUUCCCUUCUGUGACGGGUAUUAUGGCGGGCUCUAAUCGAUCCGGUGACUUGGCUGACGCCCAGAAAUCCAUUCCGAUCGGCACGAUCUGCGCGAUCUUGACGACCUCCACCGUCUAUCUAUCCAGCGUCCUCCUGUUCGCCGGGACCGUUGACAAUCUGCUGCUACGCGACAAGUUCGGCCAGAGUAUCGGCGGCAAGCUGGUGGUAGCAAAUAUGGCGUGGCCGAAUCAAUGGGUGAUCCUGAUCGGUUCGUUUCUAUCCACUUUGGGCGCCGGUCUUCAGUCUUUGACAGGAGCACCACGGCUGCUACAGGCGAUCGCCAAGGACGGCAUAAUUCCCUUCCUGUCGCCAUUCGCUACCAGUUCCAGUCGGGGCGAACCUACUCGCGCUUUAGUGCUCACUGUGUUGAUCUGCCAGUGCGGUAUUCUGCUUGGCAACGUGGACUACCUGGCGCCGUUGCUGUCCAUGUUCUUCCUUAUGUGCUACGGCUUCGUCAACCUCGCCUGCGCCCUGCAGACCCUGCUGCGCACGCCGAAUUGGCGGCCACGCUUCAAAUAUUAUCACUGGAGCCUGUCGGUCCUCGGCCUGUCACUCUGCAUCGCUGUUAUGUUCAUGACCAGCUGGUACUACGCAUUGGUGGCGAUGGGUAUGGCCGGCUGUAUCUACAAGUAUAUCGAGUAUCGCGGCGCCGAGAAGGAAUGGGGUGACGGUAUUCGCGGUCUGGCGCUGUCCGCUGCUAGAUACUCGCUGCUCAGGCUCGAGGAGGGUCCGCCGCACACGAAGAACUGGCGUCCGCAGAUCCUGAUCCUCGCCAAACUCACCGAUGACCUGGUGCCUAAGUAUCGCAAGCUCUUCGCCUUCGCCAAUCAACUUAAGGCCGGCAAGGGUCUCACCAUUAGCGUCAGCUGCAUCUCCGGCGACUACACGCAGAACUCGGGCGAGGCGUUGGCGGCCAAGCAGAGCCUCAAAAAAACUGCGGCAGAAGAGAGGGUGAAGGGCUUCGUCGAUGUUCUUGUUGCGAAGAAUGUCGUCGAAGGGCUGAGCUCGCUGAUACAAAACACCGGGCUCGGCGGACUGAAACCGAAUACAGUGAUACUGGGUUGGCCGUACGGUUGGCGACAGUCGGAGGAGGAGAGAACCUGGCGAGUCUUCCUGCAGACCGUGAGAAGUGUCGCGGCCGCCAAGAUGGCACUGCUGGUUCCCAAAGGCAUCAACUUCUUCCCGGACUCCACCGAAAAGAUAAUCGGCAAUAUUGACGUUUGGUGGAUCGUGCAUGACGGCGGCCUAUUGAUGCUACUGCCGUUCCUACUGAAGCAACAACGCACCUGGAAGAACUGCAAGAUGAGGAUCUUUACGGUCGCGCAGAUGGAGGACAACUCAAUACAGAUGAAGAAAGAUCUGAAGAAAUUCCUGUACGAUCUGAGAAUCGAAGCGGAAGUCGAGAUUGUCGAAAUGACAAACACUGACAUCUCCGCCUACACGUACGAACGCACCUUGAUUAUGGAACAAAGAAACCAGAUGUUACGUGAACUGCAGCUGAACAAAAAGCAAUCAUUAGGAGUGGUGCAGUCAUUGGUGGACUUCAACGAAGUACCCGCUGAGGAAAAAUUACCUCUGGUGCAGGCGAUUGUAGAUCAUCAUCACAACGUGGAUGCUAAAGUGCCGUCGAAGGUGAGAUUCCAGGAGCCGGGCAAUCAGAGUACAAAUGUGACCGACGACACGAAGAUGAUGCAGGAAACCGAAUUAAACAACAAGGAGCUGGAUUCUGCCGAGGAGGUAAAUGAGAAUGACGAGGCUAAAGAGAACAAUGAAGAGGAGACAAAGUUGAUCGAUGGCUCACCCAAGGCGGAGAAUAAAGAGAAUACGGAGAAGGAGGCGAAGGAAACGGAAGCGAAAGAAAACGAUACGCAGGACAACAAAAGCGAAAGUCCGGAAAUGAAGAAGCCUACGAUUACACCUGACGAGGGUGACGUGAGGCGUAUGCAUACUUCGUUGAAGCUGAACGAAGUAAUUCGUAAAAUGAGCAGCGAGGCUCAAUUGGUUAUCCUGAAUCUUCCUGGACCGCCACGGGACACGAAGAUGGAACGUGAAUCUAACUAUAUGGAAUUUCUCGAGGUGCUCACCGAAGGCUUGGAAAGAGUACUGAUGGUGCGGGGCAGCGGACGGGAGGUGAUCACCAUCUACUCGUGAACUGAAGUGACGAGAAUUGAUGCCGUUGCCUUGCGGAAGCAGAGCUGUAGUUUACUUCUCAGUGACCUAAACGACACCACCCUAAGAAAUGUACUGCUCUUGUGCCAUUGUCUGCGCAGUCACUUGCGUUACGCGCUCUGAAAGUCGUUAAGGAGAAGAGGCUGAUAACGACAACGACGACGAUCGUUCAUAUCGGACACGGAAGAUGAAGUUUUCAUUGAAGACGACUUAUUACGCGGACCGCGACGACCGAUCGUUGUUCAAAUGAUGAAGCCAAAAGCGAUGAUGCCAAAGGAUAGAUUUUCCUUAAAUGAAUUUCUGAACGUAGAAUGUGUGCAAGUUUAUGCGUCGGAUAUGCCACGCGUCAGGGAGUCGCAUACGGCAGCGCGGGGCUGCUCGGAUUCAGACUCGACACCUGUCGAGCUCGGCCAAACUCGCCAGGCACAGCACACCGUGCACCUCUAAGAAAUCGCCGGUACAAAAAGAAACUGUAGCUCAAUAAGACCCGAGUCCCGAGUAAACGUCACUUCGAUUCAAUUUCUUGCAACUGAAGCAGCUAAAAUCACGUCUAAAACGAAAGAGGAAGAGAGCAAAAGUAAGAAUGGCAAAAAGUGGGGGGAAAAAAUCAAAAUUUGGUCCGAGGCUAAGGUCGAAGCAUCUACGAAACCACUGCCAGACUACUUUCUAAAUGCUUCGCGUUUAACCAAAGACGCGAGAGGCUCAUUUUUCUACAUGCAUUGUCGUUAAUAGGGAAAGAAUAAGAGUAGUAAGUAUAAUUUUAUUGCUUGAUAUAGGUGAAUCUAGAGUAGCCUAGGAUAGCGCCGACUUUUAUUAUGAUUAUAUAUAUAUAUAUAAAUAUAUAUAUAUAUGUGUGUGUAUUUGAUAAUAGAGAACGACGAAGACGACGACGACGAAUGUGUCGCGAGUAUUAAUGCAUUUCCUUCGGAGUGAUCGAGACUCCGCUCUUUUUUCCACUCUCGCGCGAAAAUCUCCACAUACAUAUACACGCAAAAGCAUAUACAGACACACAUUCGUACACACAAUCGCGCGCGUUUGUAUCGUCUUUAAGGCCUACCGGUCCAAGAUGCCAUUAUUACUUAUUAAUCGAUAACACCAAGUGAAGUUGAAUCGUGACGCGAAGAGUGCAACCCGAAAGACUCAAUGCCAAAAUGCACGGCGAUCCUUACCAAAUCUCAUCGAAAAAAAUAUAUAUAUAGCGCUAGCGUAUAGCGUAUGUAAAGUAAUUUUAAUCGCAUUAAUUGUCGUGUGCAUGUCACGUUUCGCGCGUAGCCCCGUUUCCGGCCGCGCUUCAUUUAGAUAGGCCUUCUCUAAUAUACCUAAUUGAUCAGCGAACGGAAAAUGAUCAUGCCGGCAAUCGCUUCUCUCAGUUUCUUCGACGUCGCCGACAAAUCGACGCUUUUUUUUAUUAAGUCACCUCGACGAGACCGCGGUAAUUAAAUUAAAUUCUUCGACGAGAAAGAGGAAAGAAAGAAAAUCUUAAUCUGAUUAAGAUCAUUCUCGUCUUUAAAACGAAAUUGAUUUUAAUUUUUUAGAUUAUCGAUUUGGCGCUAGUUUGGCUUUUUAGCGUCGAUUAAGAAAUUAAUUUUAUUCAAAUCGAUUUUACUCCUGAAACGAUAAAAUUUUAAUCUUCCGACUAUUACAGCGACACUAAAUUCUAUUUAGCAUCGAAUGAUUCGUUCCUUCGGGCUCUCUUUGACGAGCGGAAAUUUUGACGAAAGAACUGAGAAAGAGAUGACCGCGAGACUAGCAUUCAAUGUAAUAUUUAUCGAUACUUAAUACUACUUAAUCAAUGUCCGUAAGUUAUAUUGCGCUAAGAAUUAUACGAGAUUACGCACCACGACUUGUCAAAUUUCUGCAAAACAGUUUCUUGCAACUAGCGAGAGGAUCGAGAUGAUGAGAUACUUCGUUUGACAGUACAUAUAGGGUGUGCCGAAAUUAUCGCGUCUUUUCUCGGUCACAGAUAUUGAAAUACGAUUGUUCCAAAAUCAGAAAGUUAAAACAGCUCCAAACUCACUGAGUUUAGGCAAGUGUAAUUUUGAGACUUUAAACAGAUAAUUGUCGUUUCCUAAUAUAUUUUCAAAUGUUACCAAAUGUAUAUCACUGAGAAAAGAAUAUUUAAGAAUUAAAAUAUUGCAAGGACUAAAAUACCCAAAAUAGAUUGAAUCUUAUUGAACUUUUACUGGCAGCUUUUGUCAUUUGAAAAAAAGUAAAAGUGAUACUUCCAGGCGUGAUACUUUCAGGCGCAUUCUUAUAUAUGUAUAUAUGUAUGUACAUUCACACUAUUCAUUGUAAAGUACAUGCACUGUCCUGCAAUACCUGUAGCUAGAGAAAAAGAGUGGGAGAAGAGAAACGUCAAAACGUUGAUAAUACCAUAUGAAAGUGUAUCGGAUUAAAAAAAAAUGGGUGAGCGCGAAUCGAUAUCGCUGCUGACCCGCUAGUGUAGACGAAGAAGAAUAUUUACAUUAAUGGGGGAGAAGAGAUUUCUAUAUAUAAUAUAUCCCACGCGUUAAAUUGUUUCACCUUCGUCCUCGUAACUCCGACGGGGAUUCGAAUUGCGUCGGAUACCCUGAAGCGAGAUGAAGGAAAAAGGCCGUCGUAUCGACGGAGAGUAUAUUUCACGAUGUGAUUCUCGACUUCGCGAAGCGAUUAUCGGAAACGCAGCAAAAUGCUCGUCUCAACAUCAGUUCGACGGAUAUAUGCAAGCAAUAUAUAUCUUUACACCGCGAUUGCAUCACGACAGAUGAGUAUCGGAAACAGAGCUGGGCACAUAGAGACUCUAAAUGUAUAGGAAACAUAUAUAUACAUUAUUAUCCGCCUCUCUCCCAUAUAUUAUAUAUAUACAUAUGUAUGUAUAUCUCUCUCUCGUCCACGAUGUUUACGACAUGUACUUUAUAAUUUUAUUACGUUACUUAUCGAUUGCAUAUAUUUUAUGUGUACUUAUCUUACUCGAUGCUGUUAGAUUGGCACUGUAUAGUUUAUACGAGACAUGUUGACAUUAUGAGAAAGUUUAUCGCUAAUACAAGUCGAACUGUUGCCGGAUAAAUCGCUAUACACAUGUUGUACAUAAACACGUAGAUAAAAGAAAAAGAAGUAAAAACGAUCGCGUGUUUACCGUAGAGGAUUUUAAAGGGAAUAUGAAAGGAGAGGAAGUGGAUAAAGAGAGAUGGAGAAGAGGAAAUGAGAGAGACGGUCCUUUACACAGAUCGAACAGUAUUGCAGUGUUCUGCUGCCGCUUUAAUAUUUUACUAUGUCGUAUUUACUUUAAAUGCACAAUGACCACAUGGCACACAAACGUACGCGUACGUGUGAUAUAAAUAAAUAUAUAUAUAUAUAGAGUGCAUAUACAUAUAUUUGGCCGGUGAGGAUGAAAGCGGUGCGAGGCGAGAAUUAGAGAGAACUCCGAGUCGGUGGUCUGGCCGCUGCCCCCCGGCGAUCCUUCGCUCUCUUUAAAUACUAGGAAAAUUUAAUAGCGAAAUUCGAUAGCGUAAGGACGACCUGCACCCGUUUUCAUUCUAUUCGGCUAGUGCGUGUUAUCGGCAGCGGCGGAGAUGCGUCCGGCGUUCGCGGUUUACGUUCGCUUUGUAGGAACAGAAUGGUAUCUGGAACGCGUUCUGAAUACUCCGUCUCCGUUACGAAAAGUAACUCCUUGUAAUUGCAUUUUGUAGGUAGAUUACAAAAGACUGAACGAGCAAGCUGUGGCGGGAAGACACACAGUGAGACACGUAUGCGACCCAUUGUGAAUAGAUAAAGAAAAAUGCGCACAAUACUUUGGCUAUAAAGGAGUUUCCCACUGCUGCAAAAUAGAAGAUAAGAUAGCUGUUUCAGGUGGCGAAUAAAAAAGCGAGAGUCAAAGCGCGAUGCAACUACUUCGUUUUACCCAUUGAUCGCGACGGAGAGUGUCCAGAUACUGUUUGAGAUAUUCGUUCUGUUUCUGCAGCACAUUUUCGAGCAACGGUACACGUAACGCGCGAGAAUAUUCUUUCUUCCAGAGAAGUUUCGUUCGCGAGACCGAUCGCGAAUUCUCGUCUUUGCAGAGCAUGAAAUAUAACCGGAGUACUAUCCGAGGAACAUCCUCUGGCCUUCGGAGAAAACAGUUUGAAUUUGAGAAUUAUUUUCGUCGCAGAUUUCUCGAACGUAAAUUUCGCACGACGGAGGCGCAACUCGGUUGUUAACGAUGUAAUUAUCGUAUAAUACCUGCGGGCUUGGCAUUUGUCGGGGUAUAGUGCGGCGUUUUGCGGCGCGUUCCAUUUGAAAUGGGGCCGCGCUCUGGAUUUAAAUCACCUCUAGGCUGUGAGAUGCGAGCUAAGCAGCGGACAAACUUGCUCGAAACCUCAAUCAUAUGUGUCAAAUCAAGUAUAAAUCUACUUUUAACGUAUAUCGUAUAACCGAUUUAAAAGGAAGGGAAAAAAAAGAGGAAACCUUUUACCAAAGCUCCUGCGACGGGAGGUAUACACACGACUUACUUCUCACUCCAGAAACUGCGACGAUUUCUUUUUGCCCCCUUGGGACUCGAAUAAAGAGGAAAUAUAUUUAUUGACUCCCACACGGGAAAGAGAAAAGAAAUAUGGAGAUAUUGAUAUAUAUAUAUAGAGAGAGAGAGAAAAAUAAAGAUGUUAUUAAAUAUACAUACAGAGCGGACCUGAGGCGAGAAAAUGGGAGUUGGACGCGGAGAGGAACGCGUCCUCCGAAUUUGAGGUAAUUCUUUCCUUAACGUUCUUUCGCAUUAAGUACCUUAUCUUAGAUUUGCGUUAACAGGUAAGACUCUGUCGCUUGCAUCCUUGAUAUGUAACUCAUCGAACGUACUUGGUCUCAACUUUGUAUACCUGUGCACUUAUACUCGGUUCAAGUAUUCGUUAAGGAAACUUUAAUCCCAAAUUCGCCGACGUACCCCCGUUAUAGAUCCCGCCUUUUCUGGUCCACAUUUAUAUAUAUAAAAAUAUGUAUAAAUAUAUAUGUAUGUUAUAAUUAUAUAUGUAUAUUAUAA